AUGUCACCGCAACAAACCCCAGUGUCAGCACAUGAAUCUAACAACACAGGACCACUACAUCAUCAUGAUGUGAGGGUCCUAGAGCUGAGACAGGGUGGGGUUCUGGCCUGGGCCCAUCUAAAUGUGAGGGUCCUAGAGCUGAGACAGGGUGGGGUUCUGGCCUGGGCCCAUCUAAAUGUGAGGGUCCUAGAGCUGAGACAGGGUGUGGUUCUGGCCUGGGCCCAUCUAAAUGUGAGGGUCCUAGAGCUGAGACAGGGUGGGGUUCUGGCCUGGGCCCAUCUAAAUGUGAGGGUCCUAGAGCUGAGACAGGGUGUGGUUCUGGCCUGGGCCCAUCUAAAUGUGAGGGUCCUAGAGCUGAGACAGGGUGGGGUUCUGGCCUGGGCCCAUCUAAAUGUGAGGGUCCUAGAGCUGAGACAGGGUGUGGUUCUGGCCUGGGCCCAUCUAAAUGUGAGGGUCCUAGAGCUGAGACAGGGUGUGGUUCUGGCCUGGGCCCAUCUAAAUGUGAGGGUCCUAGAGCUGAGACAGGGUGUGGUUCUGGCCUGGGCCCAUCUAAAUGUGAGGGUCCUAGAGCUGAGACAGGGUGUGGUUCUGGCCUGGGCCCAUCUAAAUGUGAGGGUCCUAGAGCUGAGACAGGGUGUGGUUCUGGCCUGGGCCCAUCUAAAUGUGAGGGUCCUAGAGCUGAGACAGGGUGUGGUUCUGGCCUGGGCCCAUCUAAAUGUGAGGGUCCUAGAGCUGAGACAGGAUGAGGUUCUGGCCUGGGCCCAUCUAAAUGUGAGGGUCCUAGAGCUGAGACAUGGUGAGGUUCUGACCUGGGCCCAUCUAAAUGUGAGGGUCCUAGAGCUGAGACAGGGUGUGGUUCUGGCCUGGGCCCAUCUAAAUGUGAGGGUCCUAGAGCUGAGACAGGGUGUGGUUCUGGCCUGGGCCCAUCUAAAUGUGAGGGUCCUAGAGCUGAGACAGGGUGUGGUUCUGGCCUGGGCCCAUCUAAAUGUGAGGGUCCUAGAGCUGAGACAGGGUGGGGUUCUGGCCUGGGCCCAUCUAAAUGUGAGGGUCCUAGAGCUGAGACAGGGUGUGGUUCUGGCCUGGGCCCAUCUAAAUGUGAGGGUCCUAGAGCUGAGACAGGGUGUGGUUCUGGCCUGGGCCCAUCUAAAUGUGAGGGUCCUAGAGCUGAGACAGGGUGUGGUUCUGGCCUGGGCCCAUCUAAAUGUGAGGGUCCUAGAGCUGAGACAGGGUGUGGUUCUGGCCUGGGCCCAUCUAAAUGUGAGGGUCCUAGAGCUGAGACAGGGUGUGGUUCUGGCCUGGGCCCAUCUAAAUGUGAGGGUCCUAGAGCUGAGACAGGAUGAGGUUCUGGCCUGGGCCCAUCUAAAUGUGAGGGUCCUAGAGCUGAGACAGGGUGUGUUUCUGGCCUGGGCCCAUCUAAAUGUGAGGGUCCUAGAGCUGAGACAGGGUGUGGUUCUGGCCUGGGCCCAUCUAAAUGUGAGGGUCCUAGAGCUGAGACAGGGUGUGGUUCUGGCCUGGGCCCAUCUAAAUGUGAGGGUCCUAGAGCUGAGACAUGGUGGGGUUCUGGCCUGGGCCCAUCGAAAUGUGAGGGUCCUAGAACUGAGACAUGGUGGGGUUCUGGCCUGGGCCCAUCUAAAUGUGAGGGUCCUAGAACUGAGACAGGGAUGUGGCAGAGCAGGUGACCUGGUGGUUGGCCUCCUGAAAGAUACAGUCUCCACACGGGUUGUGUUUCAGUCUCCACACGGGUUGUGUUUCAGUCUCCACACGGGUUGUGUUUCAGUCUCCACACGGGUUGUGUUUCAGUCUCCACACGGGUUGUGUUAGUCUCCACACGGGUUGUGUUUCAGUCUACACUAACCCUUGACCAUGUGGGCCCUGUUAAAACAUAACGCUCUGAGGCUCUCAACCCCACAUGGACUAGUCAUCUCAGAGGAGGUCCAGACUCUCAACCCCACAUGGACUAGUCAUCUCAGAGGAGGUCCAGACUCUCAACCCCACGUGGACUAGUCAUCUCAGAGGAGGUCCAGACUCUCAACCCCACAUGGACUAGUCAUCUCAGAGGUCCAGACUCUCAACCCCACGUGGACUAGUCAUCUCAGAGGUCCAGACUCUCAACCCCACAUGGACUAGUCAUCUCAGAGGAGGUCCAGACUCUCAACCCCACGUGGACUAGUCAUCUCAGAGGAGGUCCAGACUCUCAACCCCACGUGGACUAGUCAUCUCAGAGGAGGUCCAGACUCUCAACCCCACAUGGACUAGUCAUCUCAGAGGAGGUCCAGACUCUCAACCCCACGUGGACUAGUCAUCUCAGAGGAGGUCCAGACUCUCAACCCCACAUGGACUAGUCAUCUCAGAGGUCCAGACUCUCAACCCCACGUGGACUAGUCAUCUCAGAGGUCCAGACUCUCAACCCCACAUGGACUAGUCAU